AUGCGAUGUAAUUAUUUCCAACUUCUUCAGAGCAUCAACAAAGAACUUCCCAUUUCUGAAAAAUUGGUUCGUCUCAAUUCCAAAGGAUCACUGAUGAAGAUGAAAAGGUAUUUGUCUCAAUACAAACCUGAUUACGAGAUCUGGUUUUGGAUCAAGAGUUUUAAGAAUACUUGCUCCCAGGAAUACAAGAAUGAAGCCAAACUCUUAAAUGAGUUCAAAAAAUAUGUAAACAGAAAGAAGAAGAAAGUCAAACCUGAUAAAAUUAAAAAAGAUUUAGUUUCCAACAUAGCUAAAUUGGUCGAUACACGAUUGAACAGAAUUGAAGAGUAUAAACUUCAAUCACCAGAAUAUCAUCCUGAAUCUCCUAUAUAUAUUCCUAAAUCUCCAUCUACUUAG